AUGCGUGGGGGGCCGUCGAUUUUCGCUUGGGAGGUGCGCUGCAAAUCCAGCCGCACUUUUAGUCUUCGUCUCACGGAUUUGUGGUCGGGAGAUUUCUCAUCGUUUCUACAGCCUUCGACUCAGACGUCUUCCAUCUUUCUUGCUUGCGAGUUUUUGCAUCCUUUGUCUUCAGGUUCUUGGGUAAUCCCUGAUGCUAUAUAA